CCAGAGGGAGCCUUGGUGUUGGGACAGUGACACCGUGCCCCCAGAACCUGACUCUCUGCUGCCCCAGAGAUGCUGCUGCUGCUGCUGCUGCUGCUCUGGGAGGGGUCCUCGUCCCAGACACUGGAUGUGCAGGCCCGGGUGAGUGUGCAGGAGGGGCUGUGUGCCCGAGUCCCCUGCACCUUCUACUACCCCUCACGCUUUAACAGCAAGCCAGUUUAUGGCUAUUGGUUCAGAGUAAGGACUAAUGUUUACCAUGAUACUCUCGUGGCCACAAAUCAUCCAUCUCAGAUUCUGAAGGAGCAAGUCCGGGGGAGAUUCCAUCUCCUUGGGGAUCCCAGGAUGAACAACUGCUCUCUGAGCAUCACAGAUGCCCAGUUCUCAGACAGUGGCAGAUACUACUUCUGGGUUGAAAAUGGAAAGGAAAAAUACAGUUACACACGGAAGCCACUUUCUGUGACUGUGACAGACUUGAUCCAGAAGCCAGACAUGGAUGUUCCAGCGGUGCUAGAGUCAGGGAAAUCAGUGACUCUGAAGUGCGCAUUUCCCUCGUCCUGUGGGGGAAGUAGCACCUUCAAGUUCUCCUGGAAGGGGGCUGCCCUCUCCUCCCAGCCAGAAACCUCUGGGACCUCCUACUCUUCAGAGGUUUCCUUCAUCCCUGGGCACCAGCAUCAUGGCACCAGCCUCACCUGUCAGGUGACCUUGCCUGGAGGCCAUUUGAGCCCAGAGAGAACCAUCCAGCUCAAUGUGUCCUAUGCUGUGCAGAGUGUGACCAUCACCAUCUCCCAGGACAACAGGACAACAGUUUGGGUCCCAGGAAAGAGCUCACCUCUUGUGAUACAGGAGGGAGGGUCACUUCACCUGCUCUGUGCUGCCCACAGCAAUCCCCCAGCUACACUGACCUGGAUGCUGGGGGACCAGACCCUGGCCUCUUCCCAGUCCUCAGAUGAUGGAGCCCUGUCCCUGGAUCUGCCCUACCUGGGGCCAGCAGAUGGAGGGGUAUUGACCUGCCAUGCCCAGCAUCCUCUAGGCUCUAAGCAGGUGUCCUUGAACUUCUCUGUACAGUAUAAUAGCACUCUGUCUCAAGUGCCCCAAAAAGGUAUGAUCGUUGGUGUCGUCUUUGGAGCUGGUGUCUCAAGUCUGCUAGCCCCCUGCCUCCUUCUCCUUCUAGUAAAGAUGCUCAGGAAGAAGUCAGUGGCGGCAGCAGGAGAAUCCAGGGGGCAAGUGGAGGAUCCCAAGAGACCAUCCUGGGGGAACCAGUCCCUGCAUCCCAUUUCAGCAGCUGAAGACGCAGCCCCAACCCCAGACGCUCCAGAGGAUGCACUAGAUGAGUUGCAUUAUUCCUGCCUCAGCUUCCAAGGAGUGAAAGCAAGAGAAGACCAUGGACCCACAGACUCCCUCACUGAGUACUCAGAGAUUAAGUUCCCCUGAGCAACUGGUGAGGGCUCAGCCUUGGUUCUACAUUGGAUGGUUUGCAAGUCAGUCCCUCCCUUCCAUUAUCAUUCAUUCCACCAACAUUUAUUAGACACCUUCUUCAAACAGAUUUGGAGAAGACACAGUCUCCAGACUUAUGGGAUUUUCAGUCUAGUAAAGGGAUAAAUCACAAGCCCAGUGUAGUAGCUCUUCCCCCAAAGUUACCCUUCCCUUCCCAUGUUGGGAUCCCCUGAGAGUCACUUUUAUGGGCCACUGUAUCUCUAAUGCUGUAGCUCCUGAGCCCCCAUCAGUGAGCUUCUGAAUAGCAUCCCUCAUACAAACCUGAGACCCACUUUCCCACCAAUGCACACAGUGUAUUUCUGUAUGGGGGGAGAGACUGAGCACAGACUUUUAGUAAAUGAUAAUGAUGCACUUGUACAGGGAACACAUGUGAUCAAGACAACUUACCACUCUGGGACUGCAGGACCUCAGUAACUUGUCUUUCCUGAAUGUCCUUAUGAACUUCACUGAUGAGUGUGGUGUCUGUGAUAGACUGGUAGCCCUGUGCAAUGCUAGUCCAAUCCACUGCUAGGCUGGGUCACCCUACCACUGAGCUGGGUUAACUCCUCACAGGGCAGAGCAUCUCACCUGGAUGGGUCAGUCCAUUGGGCUCACUUGGCUGAGCAUCUUUUCUGUUCCUUUGCUACACUGGGCUGGCUCCAUCACUAGAGCCACAGUCUCCAGAAUAUCCCAUGUCAUUCUAUGCACUGGGGGAGACAAGAGACACAAAGGCCCUGCCCCCUGCAGCUUCCAGUCUAGCAAGGAGAUAAGACACAGACUCAAUGGAUGCUAAUAUGCCAUUAGAUAUAAAAGUAUCAGAGAGAAACAGAAGAAAGUGCUGAGUAAGUCCAGUAGUAAGGUCAUUUAUCAAAUAUUUUUGCUUAAUAUUUCCUAAAGUACCUACUAUGAAGGCCUUAGCUUAGUGCUUGAGCCUUUGCAACCUCACUUCAGUCAUACUGAAUCUGCAGAAAGAAACAGCAUCACAGAUUUAGACACGUAUCAGACCCUUGAGGUUAUGGAGCCCAGCCCCCUCAUUUUAUAAAUAAGGAAACUGAAGCCAAGAGAGAUUAAGUGACUUGCUCAAGGCAUAUCCAUAUGCAAUAGAUAUCUGAGGAAAUAUCAAACCUAGGUGUUCCUGAAAGUGAGUCCAGAAUUUUAUCCUCCAUACGGCACUGCACAAAAUAACAGGACCAGGAUGGGUUAAAGCUAGAAUUCAAAUUCCCACUUACCAGUGCAUUUUUCUUUCUUUCUUUCUUUCUUUCUUUCUUUCUUUCUUUCUUUCUUUCUUUCUUUCUUUCUUUCUUUCUUUCUUUCUUUCUUUCUUUCUUUCUUUCUUUC